GCGACGACGAAACCGACAUUGCCGGGAUUGGCAAGAAGACUUCAUCGCCAUGUUCGAUACGAUAUGUACGCUACCGCUAUCCUCGGAGCUGUUUGCGCAGGCUCUCCACCCGACGGCCCCUUUGGUGGCUGUAGGACUUAGCUCCGGACAUGUCGCGACUCUCAGACUGCCGCCAGUCGAGGGUGACGGCGAGGACGAGGCCGAAGCUGAAGCAGCCGCGACUGGACGUGGACAAGUCGAGGCAGCAUGGCGUACACGCAGACACAAGGGCAGCUGCAGAAGUCUGGGCUACAGUCUUGACGGCAGCACCCUCUUCAGUGCUGGUACCGACGGCAUCGUCAAGGGCGCUGACAGCGUGACUGGCAAGGUCGUCACCAAGAUCGCCAUUCCUCAUGAUCCCUCGCUCAACCGACGACAUUGACGAGCCUUCAAUCCUCCACAUCCUCAGCCCUCAGACCUUCCUCCUCGCGACCGACAGCUCCGCCCUCCACCUCUACGAUACCCGCGAGGCCAACUUCUCCACCUUCUCCUCCACUCGCCCUUCUCAAACCCACCACCCCCACGAAGACUACAUCUCCUCCUUGACACCACUUCCCGCUUCUGAAAGCAGCACAUCUGGCUACAGCAAACAGUGGGUCACAACCGGUGGUACUACUCUCAGUGUCACCGAUCUGCGUCGCGGCGUCUUGGUCCGCAGUGAAGACCAAGAAGAGAUCCUGCUGUCAUCUUGCUUUGUAUCUGGCCUGCCUGCCCGCAAGACCAGUUCAUCAAAGGGAGAAAAGCUAGUCGUUGGUGGUGGAGAUGGUGUACUCACACUCUGGGAACGCGGCGUCUGGGACGACCAAGACGAGCGCAUCACCGUCGACCGCAGCGCUGGUGGUGGUGAGAGUCUGGAUGUCAUCCGCGUUCUGCCCCCAGACGUUGGUCCUGGCGGCAAGGUUCUCGCUGUGGGUAUGGGCGAUGGCAAAGUCCGCUUCGUCAAGCUCGGCCCCAACAAGGUCAUCUCAGAGAUCACACACGACGAUGUGGAAGGAGUCGUUAGUCUGGACUUUGACGUCGCAGGCAGACUCAUCACAGCAGGUGGCAGCACCAUCAAGGUCUGGCACGAGAUGCUAGAAGAGGACCAGCACGCCUACGUGGAUGGUGACCUUAAGAGAGAAGCAGAGGACAGUGAUGCAGGCAGCGACGACAGCGAUGACAGCGACAUGGGUAGCGACGACAGCAGCGACGAAGAGACCACCCGCAAGCGCAGAAAGAAGAGAAAGCGUUCAAAGGGCAAGGACAAGUCUGGUGCAAAGAGCAUGGGUUCCUUCAAGGGCCUGGACUAGAAAAUACGGCUUAAUGGACAAGAUGAUCAAAAGACGAACGAGAUCACGAAAAGACGACGAGAAGAGCAUAUCUCUUGGUCUUUGUACAAGAUACCCAAAAACCAAAAUCAAUUGCCGACUAAAGGCUACGAGCAAUCGCCUAGUCCACAUCUUCAUCCAUCCCACUCUUUCCCUUGACACACAUCUAAUCCCCAUAAUCUGUCUGUCCACCACACCACAGAUCCCCAGCCGCGCAGAGCGCCCACUCAGCCAAAGCGCCAGAUCUGUGUUUGGAAAAAUAAGCCGGACAGCAAUAUGACGCUUUCUUUCCAUUCAUACAUUGCUUUCCUUCCACUCAAGUAUGUCCUGAUAUACUCUCCGC